GUAAUGAAUACAAUAAUCUUUAUAUUUAUUUUGGGUGGGGUUUGAACUUCUUGUAGAAUACGUUGGUUAUAUAGAAGAUAAUAAAAGGAGUUGAGAGCUCUGCAUAUUGCAGGCAUAUGCUUCCUUUAAGCAGUCCAUGAAGUUUCAGUACUUUAUAACUCUCUCUCUUUCUUUCCAUUCUCCCUCAGUCCCUUGCAUAGAACAACUCUUCACUAAACCAUUUUCUUCCUCUAUAUCUUGCACACUUAUUUAGAUACUAAAGAUCUUUCACUUAAUAUUUAUUUUUGUAAGAAAGAUUAUGGACCAAAACAAUGCUCUUCUUACCUGGGCUUACUUCUCUCAUGGAAAGACAAUGGAAGAGCUACGACAGACUCUUGUGUACACGACACUGGAGCUAGAACAAACGAAGCUCGCGGCCCAAGAGGAACUAGGGAAGAGAGAUGAACAACUGAUCCAUCUCGAAGAUGUUUUAGCCAAAACCCUCAAAGAAAGAGACGAAGCUCUCGAGAAAUGUAAUAAUCUCAUCUACGACAAUCUCUUGCUUCAACCGCAACAUAACCAGGAUCAUAUCACUCCUCCUUUAUCAGGAGCUUCAAGCAUCGAAGAAGAGCAACUUCAACCGCAUCAGCAGAAUCCUAACUCAAACAAAAGCUUUUCGUCUUCAGACACCGAAGAAAGCAUCAUGUCCCCAUCAGUGAUCAAUCCAAACCAAACAUCUCAGGUAGAGAUAAUGGCUACUUUGUUGCUGGAAAAGCCAUUGCCUGAAAAGGGAAGUCUUUUACAAGCUGUUCUCAAGGCAGGUCCAUUGCUUCAGACACUACUCUUGGCUGGUCCCUUGCCUCAAUGGCGCCACCCCCCACCGCCACUUGAGACCUCUGAGAUCCCUCCAGUCACCGUUCCACCGCUUCUGUUUCAGAGCUCAGUUAUCUACAAUGGCUGUGGGAAUCUAAACAAGAGAAGAGCUUUCUCAAUCUCAGAUGGGUCUUAUUCAGAAACUAAGUACGAGAAUGUUUAACCAGAAAUUGCGCACUCAUCUUUUAUCCUUACUCAACGAAAAUAGUAAUAGUCUUCUAAUAUACCAUAUACAUUUCACUUUUAUUGUAUUAAUCUCUCUUAGGGUUAUAGUGAGAGUGGUCUUUUUAGUCAGUUUUAAGUAGAUAGAGCUUGAUUUUGUUUUUCUACAUUUGUGGAGUGUGAAUCUGAUCCAUUUAGGGUUUUAGAUCUAGGGUGAUGAUGGGAAUGAAACUCCCCUGGUUUAAACUCAAGCUAAAACAAGAGUUUUUUUUUUACCAAGUGAGAGUUUUGCUUUUGUUUUUGUUGCUUAUUGAUUGUUGUUUCCUAAACCCAAUUUCACAUCCAUGUUUUGGCUCCAUGAAUGUAAAAUUAUUGGGGUUUUUUAUUAUGUUUUUAUUUUUUACUUCUAUUUGUAAAAUACAAUAUUUCUAAAGCUAGAAUGUUGAAUGUGAUGUAUGUUGGGUGAUUAAA